AUGUCGGUCUCUAGCUACAAGAAGGACAGCGACAAGGCCAUGCAAGAGCUCCUCAACUUCAUCUUUCUCGCCUGCGGGGCCCCCUCGACGGCGGGUCCUUACGGGCCGCCCGCGGACGUGUCCGUGAUAGAGAUGGACGGAGAGCAGUGGGCGGAGCUGCUGAAGGUUGUGAUAGAGGACAUGCAGGGCCAGCCCGGAACAAAAGGGGUGCCCUCCUUCCCCCUGGCUCCCGCUGCAAAGGGAAAGUCCGGAAAGGUUGUUGCAACAUCGCUCGAUAAUUUGCCAGUUCUCCGUACCAUUCUGACUUCCGGGCUAGUGGAAGCGUGCCGGCGCGGGGACGACCACGACGCGAGCACCCUCGAGGCCGUGGUGGGGGUGCUGGUGGCCCUCGCGAGCCACUCGGCUUCGCAGGACAUCCGUCUCGCAGCUACACUGGCCGGCAUGGAGGUGGGACUCGGCGUCGCGGAAGACCUCGCGGGCCUUCAUGAGAAGCUUGGACUCUCCGAGAGACAGCUGGAGGCGGCCAAGUCGUCGGCCGGCAAGGGGGGAGGGAAGAAAGCCGCGGAAAAAUCCAGGAAAAUUCAGGGCCUCGAGAGCCAGGUGGAGCGUAUCUUAAGCGCCACGGAGACGCUCACGACGGUGUCUGAUCUGGUGUUCUCGAAGAUCACCCAGAAGCGCUACCGCGACGUGUCCCCGCUUAUUCGUUCGAUCGCUCUCGAGGGCCUCAGCAAGAUCAUGCUGGCUCUACCGGAGUUUUACGUGCAGGACAAGCUGAUGAGGUAUCACGGGUGGAGCUUGAACGACAAGAAUCCCGCCGUCAGGGUACUCGCCUUGCAGUCGAUCCAGCGACUUCUGAGGGACCCGGCAUCAUCGGCCAGGCUGGAAAAGUUCUCGGCCCACUUUUUCUCGAGGGUGAAGACCAUGAUCCAAGACGUGGACAGCACCGUAGCCAGGGAGGCUGUUGUCGUGUUGAGGCUGAUGCUGUCGAACGGUUACCUGGAGAGCAUCGAGAGGGCGGACGAGAUGGACAUCGAGGCGGGCAUCUUCGAGGAGGACCUUAGCCUGCCGGCGAGGACCGAGUGCAUGGGAUUCUUCGUCGACGGUAUUCAGACGGAUGCAGAGAAAGCCGCCGCCGCUCCCACAAAGAAGGGGAAGAAGAGGGGCGCGGCCGGGAGCAACGGCGACGAGGACGAGGAUCGGAUGUCUGUGAUAAGACUCGAGGCUCUGGCGCAGCUAGUCAGCACGCACGGCAAAGAAUCGGUAGAGGAAGAACGCCACGAGGAGCAACUACUUGCCUGCGCCGAUCUCGCGGUCCAAGCCAUCUGGGGCCUACCCCAGGCACCCGUGGUCCGUCGCUGGAGGGCUCUCUUUACGCUCUUGGAGAACGACGAAUCCGGCGUGGGCGAUGGCGGCGGGUCGCUCGACGGCGGGGAGCAGACGGUCGUGGCGAAGAUGCUGCUACUCUCCGCCCAAAUGGCUGCCGCUGAGGCCAAGACGGGCAGGAGGACUGCGGCGGGAUACCAGCUGGGCAAGGAAGCGAAGCAGGAAGUACGCGAGGCGGUCGCGGAGCUGGCCGAGGCGUGUCUGACUCACCUGCCCAACCUCUUGGCCAAGUACCAGUCGGAUGACGCCAAGCUUGCCUUGCUCGCGGAGCUGCCGACGUGCAUCCCGUCCGAAGCCCUGGCAUCUCUGGUGUCCGGGUCCGGGAAGGGAGCUUUCUCGGAUCUGGUCUCCCGCAUGAAGGACGCCUUCCUCAUGUCCAACUCCCCAUUGGUCAUGGACGCCGCUGCCGCGAGUCUGGGUUGGUUUCUGAACGCUGACCACGCCAAGAGAGCCGAGGUUCAGGCUGUGGCGCAGGGGAUGGUAGAAGAGCUCUUCGCCAAGGUCAGCACCCUCUGCCUGCAAGACCAGAAGGCCACACCAGCCCGAGGAAAAGCGAAGGGGGCCGGGGGCAAAGGAAGGUGGAAGGACACCGGCAUCGGGCUGGCGAACUCUUUCCGACGGCUCCGCUGCCUGGCGGGCUGCACGGACGUGAGCGGCUGUGUCGACGACACCACACUGUCCGAGGCGUGGGAGGGGGUCCAAGGGGCCGUCCGUCGCCGCUGCCUUCUCGCCGAGGUACUACCGGCGAAGACGCUACCCUCACAGCACCAGGAACGAUUGGAUGUGGCGAGAGGGGUGGUAGAGGAAGGGAGCAACGUCCUGUACUCGCUCUUCUUGUGGCAGAUCAAGCCUCUCUUUUCGCACCUCAUGGAGGCUGGCUCUUCAGCACCUGCUCCAGCGUCGGAAGCAGCUGCGGCUCCCGCCGACGGAGGCAGUUUGGACGACGGGGAUGCCAAGAAACCGACCCCUGCCAAGGGGAAGAAGAGAGGCAGGGGAAAGGGGAAGAAGGCCCAGGAGGACGAGGAGGAUACCCUUGGUGACGGGACUUUGGAGGUGGAGGAGAUCACGGAGGAGAAAGUCCAAGAGGUCGUCAGAUACCGGGACGAUCUUGUGGAAGUCCUGCGAGCCAUGCUCGCGAUGCACCUGUACCCCAGGAGGGACGACGACGAUGAAGAGGAGGACGAAGGCCAAGACCAGGGAGGGAAAGGGGCCGCGGGCGGGGGGGGCGCCGUGGCUGAGGACGGGAUCGAGGGGGUACCCAGGGUGCUGACGGCGGACCAGAAAAUGCGGCUAGUCGGUCCCGUGAGGCUGGCGGCAUGGAGGCUGGCAAAUGAACUACGAACCGUUCUGAAGGAGGCGCUAGGGUCCGUGGAGGGGCCCGUCGCAUCUCUGUCCUGGGUACCGGAUGUUGCCUUCACCCGCUUGCUGCAGGAACACUUCGAAGAGAUGGAGGAGGUGAUGGUGGCGUCCACCCUGCGGGGCCCCCGCCAGCAGACGCGCUCCUCGGAGACCAAGAACGGGAGAGUCAAGGUCGAACACAACGAUGACGAUGAUGAUGGUGAUGGUGAUGGUGAUGGUGGAGAGUCGAGCGACAACGGGGAGGGUGAUGACGUCGACGUCGACGCUUCCUCUGGAGGCGGGGACACGGUGAAGGAUGCGGGCCUUCUGCUCAUGCCGCUCAUGAAGAGCAUCUACAGCAACGCCGACAAGCUGAACAGGAGGCAGGCGGCGGCGGUGGUGGCCCACCUAGUGCGCUCCGGCAAGACCGGGAGCGGGUUCGCCAAGUGCUUCGUCUCCAAGCUCAAGGACCACAGCCUCGUAAAGUGCCUCGAGGUGCACAUGGCGACGCUCAGGGUAUUUUACGACAAGUGGGUGGUGGCGGCAGCGGCGGACGGCAGCGUUGAGGAGGAUGACGCGGACCUCAGCGACGACGAGAACACGCGCAAGCAGUGGGACCAAGACCUGGCGGGGAUGGAACGCUGGCUCCCCCUGGCUCGACGCCUGUCCAUGUCUCUAGGAGUCGGCCCGUUGAAGAGCAAGGACCUCGCCGAGCAGAAGACUCUGCAAGACCUCUUCCUCGGAUUCAUGAAGGUCGGGGUGCGUUUCGCCCUGGAUGCCGAGGGAGACAGGCUCCUCUUCCUGGAGGGCAUGCGGGAGUACUCGAGCAAGGUCACCGCCCGACAGAAGAAAGCCCUCGCCAAUGUCUUCGACGAUGAGGCGAAGGGGCUGCACGACCAUGUUCUGGAGGAGGGGAGGGAGAACGCGACCUCCUGGGACUCAGGCGAAGGCCAGGAGGACGUCGCGCCGCGGUGGCGUGCUUUCUUCUCCUUCCGUAGCACCUUGACGGCGGGAUCGGCAGCCUCGUUCAUCCCCGAAGGUCGCGGCUACGCCUCAUCGGGGGAUGCUUCGUCCGUGUCCCCGUCCCAAUCUGCCUCGGGGAGCUCCAUGGGAACUCCUGCUUCGAGGGGAACAGAGAGGAAGGCCGGUGGCAGCGGCGUGUCCUCUACCUCCUCGGGCAGCGGCGGCGGAAUAGUCAAGCGGCGAGGGAGGGUGGGCGGUAGGGUGAGCAUGACGAGCGCGCGGAGCAGGAGGAGCGUGGCCAGCGACCUCAUGCCGGUUGCAGAGGAGGACGGGAUGCAGCAGGACGAACAGCUGGAAGACAACCCAGAGGGAGAGGAAGAGGAAGAAGACCGUGAAGACGCUACCAUGGACAUGGGCCAAGAAGGGGAGGAAGGGGUGCAGGAGGAGAAGGAGGGACAAAAGGGCCAGGGAAACGAUGCGGGGGGAGAGGAGGAGGAGGAGGAGGAGGAGGAAGAAGAGUCGCCGAUCCUUGCUCCAGAGGUGAGAACCCCGAACAAGCUCAGGGAUAGCGCGGCCGAGCGGCUGCGGGCGAGCCAGCUGGAGGAGGAGGAAGAGGAAGACGACUUGCUCAACGAGGACAGGGCUCUCAACCCGUCGGUGGCGGAGCCCCGAGCUGCUGCCGCCGCCGCUGCUGCUGCUGCUGCUGCUGCUGCUGCGACCAAGACAAGCUCCAACAAGCGCAAGAGGCGCGGGCCGGCCUAGACUAUGGUCUUGGCUAGCCGACAAGCCGCUAGGACAACGUCCCCCUCCACUGUUAUACUAUUGCCGCGAUAUCCCCACUGUGUCACAUCCAUGUUGUAAGGGGGGUAGCAACCCAUUGGUGGAGCGUAUAUGAGAAACUGGACGUCGGUGAACGCUCCAUCCCGGCGUGAGAGCAGGAUCUGGUUGCUCGGUAGCAGGAGGCGCGCCUGUUACCUGGGUCGCAAACCAAGAAUGAAUGAAUGAAUGUAUUUCCCGUUUCGCCUCUUGUGCAUCGAUCGUAUAUCCAGUAGCUAGCCCGUCGUCAGCAGGGGUUUCGCCUCUCGCCUGCAACGGUUGCGAUCGCCUGUAAUUUGUACGUAGCACCAUGGGGUAGAAUUUGGUUUGGGGUGGAGGCCCUCCUCGCUCGGGAAACAUUCGCCACACUCUUUCGGGAAUAAGGAGACUCUGGGGGCUGUUACUUUCUGUACGGCGGUACGCGUGUCGGGGACAGAGGGAGAGAGCGAGGAGUCGCGGCUGCUGAUGUGUUGAAGAAGAGUAGGGUGUUUACGUUGGUCUUGCGCCAUCCACUAUCAUCCACUAAUUAUGUUGUUUUCAGUUGUUGGUGUUGCUGGGGAUUCGAUACGUGACGGCACCUUCUCAGCGUUUCAGUCGGAGGUGAUGAUGUCUCUUGUGUCUUGGUCGGUGCUCCUUGUUGUAGGAGAACCCUCGAGCCCUGUUUAGCCAGCACCCCACCGUGUCGUUAUCGAUCCGGGACCACAGCUGACUCAUGUCAUGUGGCAUAUUUCCAAGCGCAGCCUCCCGUGUUGACAGUUAGCACGGCCUCAUCAUCGUUGUUGCUGGCGUUGUAGACGUCGUUGUUGUUGUACUGUACCGGUCGGGGGAAAAGGCGGAGCCAUGAUGCGGAUACGAGGGAGCAGAUGAUGGUGCUUGUAUGCAAAUGGCGCUAUCGACGUCUGUGUGUUGUGUUGGGUCAAAGCCAUCAUCUCCAGCCUACCGCACCAAAAAAGAGGAGCAGAAAGCGGGGAAGCUUUUCCGGAAGCUCGGCUUCUGGACCCAUCCCGUGUGUACUAUUUUAGGUGGACGCUCUGUGUGCUGUUGAGUCCACGGUGAUUGAUGGGAAUUUCAGGUCGUUCCUGUAUGUUACCACGUUUGUAUGCAUGCUGCUGUCUUGGUUCGACUGAAGGGGUUUUGAUAGGCUGAAAGCUGCGAAAACGGGCGUGGCAAGGUAGGCAGGGUUUCAGAAGCGUCACAGAAUUCACGGCAGAUGUAUAUCACGCUGGGUGUCGGUAGCGUCACAGAACUCAAAGCAGAGGUACAGACUUUCUGGACGGACCUACAGAACAUACUCAUAUUGUACGGUAGUACGGAAGGGACCCGCCCGGAGAUGGGAAGAAGCUCCGUUUUUUGGUUGAGGCUCCGUAUGUCUUUUGUCACCACCACCGAAGCAUUUUUUUUGUACUUUCAAGUAGAGUUUUGUUUAUAUCCUCGGCGGAGAAGACUGUGUUUCUUGUCCCACUUUUGUUUGCGUUGUUCUUUUUUCUGUGGACCCGCAAUGCUGUCGUACCAAGAGUUGUAUUUUUUGGGAUUCUUAGCUUUUCAGCGAACCGAAGGCGGCAAACAAGUUGUUUGUAACACGAAAGCUCUUCGGAGC